UUCUUUCGCUUCGGCAUUCCGCUCGUAUUCAAGCGUACCGACCGCCUUUUCAGCACGGAGGCUGAUGCUCUCGGCUUCCUAAACCGUGUCGCACCCCAUCUUCCUAUCCCCAAGCUCAUCGACACCUUCCAACUGGACGGCGCUAGCUAUGCGAUCAUCACGAAAAUCCCAGGGAAGACCCUUAUCGAACAACCAGAUCUUGACGAAAAUGUCUUUGCGACAGUGAAGGACGAAAUUCUUGGCGUCAUAGACGAGCUGUGGCGCAUUCCCCAACCCCCGAAUCUCUCAGGGAAAGUGAUGGUCAGCGCGAGUGGGCAUGGCUUGCCCCAUCCGGGCGUUUUUUACGAGCACAUCGGAGGGUCAUAUGAGAGUACUUUGGAGUUAUACAAGACCAUGUCCAUGGCACUGACAACCUAUCCACCUGACGUUCUGAACCCGAUCUUGGAGGAUCGAGUUGUAUGGCAGCCGGUCGACCUGGCCAUGCAGAAUGUCUUAAUUCAAGACGGGCAUCUGUCGGGUAUCAUUGACUGGGAAGACGCAGGUUGGCUCCCGAGGCACUGGUUACUGCAUAGGUUGCGAUGUCCUCGUCCUGGCUGCACAGGGUUGUGGGCGCGAUACUGGAUCUUGACUCAUAAGUUUGAUCCAGCAACUGAGGCAGCAUAUAGUGCCUCUUUAACUCAGGGCUUGCUCAUGUAUUCAAUAUAG